AUGGAAGUCGACUCAGAGAAAAGACCUGCGGCCCAUCGCUCACCAGAGCCCAAAGAUGGAGCUGGAGGGACACAGGGCCAAGAAGCCAGACGGCUGCCUGUUACCCUACUAUCAGGGUUCUUGGGAAGUGGAAAGACCACCCUGUUGGAGCAUAUCCUCAAAUCGCCUGACCAUGGACUUCGAAUAGCUGUGAUUGUCAAUGAUAUGAGCAAACUUAAUAUCGACGCUGCCCUCAUUACACAUCAUAAAGUAUCUCAGACGAAAGAGAAACUCAUCCAGCUCCAAAAUGGUUGUAUCUGUUGCACGCUCCGUGGGGAUUUGCUCUCGGAGCUUGCGCGCCUCACAAGACAGAAAGAAGUGGAAUACGUUGUCAUUGAGAGUACUGGUAUUAGUGAGCCGAUGCAAGUGGCGGAAACAUUCACUGCGGAGUUUAGCGCGGCAAUGCUUGAAGCUGAGGAUCAGAUCAUGGAUACCGAUGAGGAUAGCAGGAAGAUCCUCUCCGAGAUUGCCGAGCUCGGAGGGCUUCACAAUUUAGCAAGCCUUGACACGACAGUCACUGUAAUUGAUGCAUUCAAUCUUCUAUCGAGUUUCGACACAGCAGAGUUUCUUUCCGAUCGCUAUGGCUCCAAGGAAAUUAUUCCUGAGGAUGAACGCACCAUCUCCGAUCUCAUGGUAGAUCAGAUCGAGUUCGCCGAUGUUGUGAUUAUCAAUAAGAUCGAGACCGUUGAUGAAGAAACCCGAGGUCGGAUUAGGAAACUCGUGAAGUUGUUGAACCCUGAUGCGAAAAUCCUAGAAUCCAGUUACUCGAAGGUCGAUGUACGCGAGAUUAUCGGAACCAACAGAUUUGAUUUUCUCAAAGCAGCCUCGGGUUCGGGCUGGUUGAAAAGUCUGCACGAGAUGACGGUUAUGAAUACUGAUCAGGGAAAGAGGAUGGCACCUAAACCGGAAACCCUGGAGUACGGAAUUAACAAUUUUGUAUAUACCGCUAGGAGACCGUUUCACCCGCGUCGGCUCUUUGCUCUUCUUCAUGACAAAUUCAUCCUUCUUCAGCAGGGAGAGGAGGAAGAAGAGCAAGAGGACAAUGACGACGAAAACAAGGACCAAAUGGAGAUCGACGAGAAUGAUCCUAUGUCUGAGGACGAGGAUGAAGAUAUGGAGACCCAAAGCGUACAAGGUUUCGAACAGCCUGAUCCUGCAGUUAUUCUUGCGAAUAAACGCGCACAUGCAUUUGGGCCUGUUCUACGCUCGAAGGGAUUCUUUUGGCUGGCGACUCGCCCCCUUCAGUUUGGGGAAUGGAGCCAGGCCGGGGGGAUGCUGACGGUGAGCUGUGGAGGACCUUGGUUUGCUGAAGUACCCGACGAAGCCUGGCCAGAGGAUAAAGAUGUCCGCAAAGCCAUUGAAAACGACUUUCAAGGCCAGUGGGGUGACCGGCGCCAGGAGCUCGUGUUCAUCGGGGAAGGCAUAGAUGUAGACAAGAUCACUUCUCUGCUGAACGAGAGUCUUUUGGAUGAUGCUGAUAUGGCCCGUUGGGAAAAGGUCAUGAAAAAUAAGCGGUUGUCGAGAGAGGAGAAGGCAGAAAAAUUGGCCAGGAUGUGGGAGGAUGGAUGGGAAGGAUGGCCUGCAUUUGAAAUCGAAGAGGAAGACGAAGACAUCCAGGAGAAAGAUAAAGAGAAGGAUAAAAAACACAAACACUUUGCAAGUGAGUAUUUUGGACACACCAAAGAGAAGACCGGGAGCCAUGCUCACCCUCAUCACCAUCACCACAAAAUGGAUCGUCUGCAUCAGAUGAAGGCAGUAGCAACCUGA